AUGGAAAUACUGCCUGGGAAGAGGGAGAAGAAGCACAAGAAGAAGUCUAGAAAAGCUGAGAAUAACAAGGCUGAUGCUACAGAAAUUCUUGAGGUUGAGAAUCUCGGUAGGCGAACGGUGGUUGAGGGGAAACAGGGAUUUGAGAAAGACGAAAUUGCAGAAAUAGAGCAGGGGGACAGGGAGACAGUGAAGAAUAAAAAUAAAGCUGAAAAGGGUACUAAGAUGGAGGAAGAGAAGAGUACUAAUGAGAACAAAGUGUUUGGAAUGUGCAGUGAGGACCUCACUCCAGAUGCACUGAAGAAAGUUGAAAAAAAGAGGAGGAAAAUACAAAAGAACAAGAAUGUAGAUAAACAAGGCCCUGAGACAGAAAGUAUAACCGAAAUGAGGAGUGGUGAAGAAGUUGAAAAAGAAAUAAAGAACAAGACAACGGGGAAAGACCAUAAGGAUGGCUAUUCUGACAACAAGGGAAGAAAAAAAGAUCGAAAAGAGAUUGGAACAUGUAGCGAGGUUCACGAAGUUAAGGUUGUAGGGGAGAAGAGAAGGAAAAGAGAGAAAAAACAGAGCAAGGAUGAUGGCAGUGGGCAACAUGAUACUCUCACUGAAGCUUCUGUAGAUUCCAGAACUGAUGAUAAUUCGACCACAAACAAGAUAUUGGAUGGAAAGAAGAAAAGAGAAAAUGUGGUCGAGACUUUCAUCGAGGGACAAGAUGGAGUUUUCAUGCAGAAGCUUGAAAAGACGAAAAAGAGGAAGAUCAGAAAAGAAGAGAAUGAGAAGUCCACGAUGCAGCAAGAUAUACUGACAGAAGAGACAGUAGAUGCUGAGGGUGAUGUUGUGGAGAAGAAUGAAAUGAAGAAGAAGAAGAAGAGGAAAAGGAAAGAAAACCCUACAGAGGAUUUAUCUGAUAUUGAGCAAGAAGGAAAUGUUCAUGGCAUGGAUAAAACACGGGAUAAUGAACUAGAAAAUAGGAAUAAAAGAAAGAAGAAAAAGCCUAAGUUAGUUGAAAAUGGUUUGGAUAGUACUAAAACCAAAAAAAGUAACAAGAAAGUGAGAUUUUCCAGUCAUGUUGAGGUUUUCCCGCCAACAGAUGAAUUAAAUGCUGUGACAGGAAACGAUGAGGAAGAUAAUUUGGUAAGAGGUAAGAGGUUCACACGUGAAGAAGAUGAGAUUGUGGAAGCAGCUGUCUUUAAGUAUAUAGAGGAACAUGACUUAGGCGAAGAAGGUUUGAAGAAGGUUCUGAAUAGUAAAAAGUACCCCGAAGUGAGAAACUGUUGGAAGGAGAUAGGAUCUUCCAUUCCAUAUAGACCCCACAUUGCUGUAUAUUGCCGUGCUCAAAUUUUGUUUCGAAGGUCUGACACUCGUAAAUGGACUGAAGAGGAGUACCAAAUGGUUAGAGAGUGCCAGAAGGAGCACGGGAACCGGUGGAGGGCAUUGGCUGAUGAACUUGGAAAACAUUAUUGGCAUGUCAAGGAUGCUUGGCGCAGAAUAAAAUUACCCAAUUCAAAAAAAGGACACUGGUCUCAAGAGGAGUAUCAGGGUUUAUUUGAUUUAGUAAAUGCUGAUCUACAACAGAGAGUUUCCGAAGAGAAGAGAUCAAAGCAUGGCAUGCUGCGGGAUAAUAUUUGUUGGACGGCAAUUAGUGAUAAACUGUCUACUCGACAUCAAGCAAUUUGCUGUAUGAAAUGGUACCAGCAGUUAACAUCACCUAUGGUAGCUGAAGGUAUAUGGGCCGAUGUUGAUGACUAUAGACUACUUAGUGUGCUUUUUAACUUGGAUUCAACUUGCAUAGAAGAUGUCGAUUGGGACAAUCUGCUCGAUGACAGAUCUGGAGACCUGUGUCGAAAGCGUUGGAAUCAAAUGGUUCUUCACAUUGGUAAACACGGGACCAAGUCUUUUGCCGAACAAGUUGAAGUAUUGGCACAGCGUUAUUGUCCACAUCUACUUGAAGCAAGAGAGGCGUGGGAUAAUAAACCAAGGGUUCCGUGA